CUCUCCUCCCCUGCAGCCGCGAUGACAACAACGAUCGUCCACUUCCUGGUGAACGGGAGGCCGGAGCGCGCCGAGUUCAGAGACGACUGCUCCGCCGCAGAGGUCAAAGCGUUGUUCCGGGCGGCGGCCGAGGCGUCUCCUCGUCACGUCUUGAAGAUGUUCGCCUCUGACGGACGCCGGAUGAACAUUUCGCCCAAAAUGCAGGCCAACGACCCGGAGAGCGUGUACCGCCUGGAGCUGGUGGCUGCGGAUCAGAGCCGUGUGGGGAUGUCACAGGAGCUGGACUCCAUGGAGGACAGGCUGCAGCAUCUGGAGAGCAGAGUGAUGGAGGAGGCGGGGGGGGAGCUCCUCUGUGAUCUGAAGAAGCAGGUGGAGUCCUUCAAGGAGAAGCUGGAGAGUGUGGAGCACCUGAGCUGGAUGGGCCUCUUUAAGGAGCACGGACACCAGGAGCUCUCCCAGAAACCCAAAAGCCUGGAGCUGAGCGAGCUCGAGGAGCGGCUGCAGGUGCGCAGGAAGUACCUGAACAUGAGCUCGCUGCAGGUGACAGAAGAAGUGCGUGAGCAUCUGAAAACUCCCAUCUUUGACAACUGGCAGUGGGAGAAGGCUGAGAUGCUGAUGCUCCUGCAGGUGAUGUUCACAGACCUUGACUUCCUGUCUGCGUUCCACAUCAAGCUGGACGUCCUGCAGAACUUCCUGUUUGAGGUCUCCUGCCACUACAACAACAUCCCCUUCCACAACUUCAGGCACUGCUUCUGCGUCACUCAGAUGAUGUAUGGGCUCAUCUGGCUGACUGACCUGCGGAGUAAAUUCACGAGGAUCGACCUGCUCAUCAUGCUGACCUCUGCGCUUUGUCACGACCUCGACCACCCCGGAUACAACAACGUCUUCCAGAUUAACGCUCAGACAGACUUGGCUCUGCUCUACAACGACAUUUCCCCGCUGGAAAACCACCACUGUGCCGUCGCCUUCAGCAUCAUGGCCAAGCCAGAGUGCAACAUCCUGCAGAACCUGAGCAACGAGAACUACAAACUCAUCCGAGGAGGCAUGAUCAGAUGUAUUCUGGCCACCGACAUGGUGAGACACAACGACAUCCUGACUCAGUUCAGAAGUCUGCAGCCGGAGUUCGACUUCACCAACAAGGAGCACAAAGAAGUGCUGAUGAAGAUCAUGAUGAAGGUGAGCGACAUUUCCAACGAAGCCAGGCCAAUGUCGGUGGCCGAGCCCUGGCUGGACUGUUUACUGCAGGAGUUCUUCAACCAGAGCGACACAGAGAAACUGAAGGGUCUCCCGGUGAGUCCGUUCAUGGACAGAGAGAAAGUUUCCAAACCGUCGUCUCAGACCAGCUUCAUCGGCUUCGUGCUGCUGCCGCUGUUCUCCGAGCUCACCAAGCUCUUCCCCUGCCUGCAGCAACAUAUCGUGGAGCCGGUGCAACAGGCGCUGAAAUAUUACUCUGACCUGGAGAGAGCCGGCAGAGAGGAGACGAGCAGAGAGGAGACGAGCAGAGAGUGAGGAAGAGGAGGAGACGAGCAGAGAGUGAGGAAGAGGAGGAAUAAGUAAAUUAUUUCAGUGUGUUAAUAUUAGUGGUCCCAGGAGGUCAGCUGACAGACCCUCAUGUUUUAGAAAACCCUCUCUAAGGGAAGUUUGUAGUUUUAUUUAAUGCGUGUGAUUUGAGCAGAAACUUCUCCCACUAAAGAAGACUUGGUUUGUUUCUCACGGACUCAUCGAAGGGUAGAAACAUGAAAUCAUAGGUAUUGAAGAUAUUGUAUUUCAACAGUAUUUCUUUGGACUAUUAAAGUGUUAAAUUCACAAGAAACUAAUCUCACAAAACUGAAUUUAAAAUCACAAUUUAGUCAAAGAAUGGCGUCGCUUAACUUAUCAUGUAUAGUUAGUUUAAGCUACCAGAAGCCCUCGUGCAUGUGAUGAUGAUUUAACGACAUGAUGAGUGGUUUUAAUGAAAGGACCGAGUGCUUGUUGAACAGAUCAAAUGCAUUCCUGUAAACAUUGUAAACAUUGAAAUAAAGACGCAGCCCACGAUGA